AUGUCUUCCGGUUCGCUCAAAGACCUCCUACGCGCCAUUACAACCGCCGUCACAACUACACCUUCUCCGUAUCCUUUACCCGAUGACCUCAGUACGACGAUACAAGCCUUCCUUGACCGACAUGUUGACGACGAUGAAAAUGACCAGCAACGUCUUAGUGAUGAGUUGCUCUCCAUUCACUCGGCGAAGGUCCAGGGCCACAAGGACCGUCAGCUCACCUUUGUUGGAAUCCUCGGAGAGCUGAAACCUGCUUUACGAGGUCGCGAUAGGAUGAUGGUUUGGUGGGAGUGCUUGCUGGAGCCGACAAUGAAAAACCUGGAGAGCACUAAGACUGCUGUCACAGAUGCUAGACAAUUGGUUCUCAAAAUGCUGAUCUACGAUGAGGAUGAGGAUAUUCACGGUGACCUUAAGGAGGUCUCGGAUAUAUUCACCGGCCUACUUUUCCAGAAGUACAUCGAGACGGUCAAUCUUCAUUCCGAGCGAGAUGAGAAUUCACCGAACGGAGAUCAGAAUAGAUUGAUGGGUUCUAAUGUCGAGGAUAUUCUACUUUCCUUCGGGAAACGAAGAGCAAAGGCUUUUUUGAAGGCUGCUGAUGGCUAUAUCGUCAACAAAGAAACACGACUUCAGAUUCUGGGAUUGCUUUCGAGUUUCGUCAAGAUGCAAGGACCGCAUCUUUAUCAGAUUCUUGAAACUCCAGCUCUCGACCAUCUCCUUCUCUGCCUUCAGAUUGAUACGUCUACGACCGCUAUUUCGUUGGCUUUGUCGACUCUCAUCAUGUUCAUGCCGCACAUUCCAAACGCCCUUGCUCCAUUCCUCCCCCGACUUUUUGCCAUCUACGCCCGUUUGCUGUGCUGGGACCAUUAUGGUAUUCUCCCCGAGAAGAACGAUGACGAUGAUUUCAUGGAUGAUAGCCGAUCCACCAUUUCAUUUGGCGAGAACGAGUGGCAGAAAUUAGAAACAUCCUUCCCUACAGCAACUUCGACACCUCCUGAUGUCAGUGAGUUUUUCACAUUCUUAUAUGGGAUGUACCCGAUGAAUUUCAUGUCGUUCAUUAAGGAACCGUACAAGACAUUCGAUCGGGAACGCAUCAAAGGAUUCGAGGACGUAGAGUUCGACGAUCAUUUAAUCCGUCAGAGAAGCGAACCGCACCGCCAGAGACACCUUUUACACGGGAACUUCUUCACCCUUACUGAGGAGAAGGAGCUUACGGACAAAGCUAGAUGGAUGAAAUCCGAGCCUUCGGAUGUCGUUGCGCAAUGUAUCGGGCUUACUAUCCCCAACGCAUAUACCUACGAGGAGCCCUCUAGCAACUCAGAUAUUCCAGGAGCGCUUGUCCCAACUGAGGAUAUUCCUGUUGAAAGCUUGCUCGGUGAUGGGUCUCAGCGCGAUACUUCCGAGGAUGAAGGCAUCGGCAUGGAUAGUCAUCGAUUAAGGGUCACAGCCAAUGGAAUCAGACGUUCUUCCCGAGGUAGUACUCCUGGAGUUAAACCAGUUGAUCCGCAGAGCCUUGACAGCCCCACUUUACCCCCAGCUGGCCCCCUUCCUCCAAUCCCCAACUUUAGUGAAGAUAGAUUGCAGGACAUGAUGCAAUUGCAUGGAACCCUUAACAGUGGCAAAGUUAACGGCUCUGCCACUUCUCUUGCUGGAGCUCUCGCAGCUCACGACCCUUCAUCUCCACGACUAAAUGCUUACGUACAAUCACUAAGUAUCAGCGACAAGAUCCAAUCCCCUGCCUUGAAGCCUGCUGCUACAGAUGCGCAGAGUAAGAUCGCGUACCUUCAGCGAGAAAACAUUUUACUUAAGAAUGAUCUGAACUUCGAGAGGUACCUUAAACAGCAGCAUCUUGCUCACAUCGGCGCGCUUCAGCGCAAGCACAUCAAAGAUGCGUCGAUUGAGGCAGAGACCAAUAAUCUUAUCUUAACAAAUAAGAAUUUGAAGCGUAAGAUUGAGGAAGUGCAAAAGGCAUAUCAAAAACUUAGAGAGGAGGGAAUCAAAACUAAACUCGACUCUCGUAAGUGGGAAGCUGAAUUGAACAGUCGCAUUCAGAAACUUAGAGAGGAAAAGAAGAUUUGGAAAGAGGAAGAAGAGUCGGUGAAGUCUCAAUUAAUAAAUUCCCGAGCUGAGGCUACCCAGCUCAGAAAGCUUGUUGUUGAUACUGAAGCAAAGGAGCUACAAUCACGCCAGAGAAUGCAGGCUGUAGAGCAGAGUUUGCUCGAGCUCAAUCACUUAAGGGUCCAGAACGAACAAUUGAACAAGAAGCUCAAGGAGUUCAAGUUUACCGAAGAGAAGAUUCAGUUAUACAAAGAAGUUGAAAAAGCAGGUCACGCCGAAGUUGAGAAGGUUAAAAUGAGGCUUAAAGCUCGAGAAGCCGAACGUGAAAAGAUGAAGAGGGCGUACGAGGAGAUCAUUGGGGACCUGCAGAGUAAAUUGGCUACCGCGCAGGAUGAGCGGCUUCAAAACCCGUCAGCCCCGAUGCAAGCAAUGAUAGACUCAGCUCUGCACGCGAACGCAUCUCAUCUAUCUGCUAUGAAAAAGGCAUACAACCAAUUGCUCGUCCGCUAUACAGACCUGGAAAUCAAGUAUAUUGAGUUACAGGCUGCUACGGAGUUAGAUAGGCUUCCUUCGACCCGUACUCACCACCAUCAGUCUAAUUAUCAGGAUCAGACACCCAUCCUCCAUAUCGAGACUGACCCGGCAGCUAGCUAUCCUCCUCCUCGUGAGCACCAAGUCGUUGACCGCGAUUUCGGUGGCCAGAAACACAUCACGGAAGUAAAUACCCACAAGUCUGCUCGCACUUAUCAAGACUACCCCUCGCCCCAUGCCGGUCCAUCCUAUGCCGGCCCUUCGCAACCACGUUACGAGGUUCCUACGCACAAUCAAUCAUACCCUUCUCCAAAUCUUGCUCAAUUCCCUAUUCCUCAACAACAUGACCGUCGCCCGUCUCCUGUUCAACAGCGACACCUCCAGACACUUCAAACCCACGGCCCUUACUCUCCAGCGAUGUCAUCACAGGACGACAUGAGUCCGAGUGUUUAUUCACCACCACCUCCGUCGAGCCAGGCAAGACCUUCGCUUGCUCCUUCGUCUUCUGCCAGUCAUGAUGACGCGAUUUCGCUUAGUAAUAGUUUUACGUCGACCGGCUCGGGCAAUGACAAGCGAUCGAAGAUCAAACCUCAGUCGGAGGUCCGUGUUCGUGGACGUGGUGGAGUCCAAAAUAUCGGCAAGAAGGAAAGGGAGAAAGAGGAAAAGGAGAAAAUGAAACAAGAGAAGAAGGAGAAGAAGGAGAAAAAGAACAAGCUCGUUGCUGGUUUCAGAGGCUUUAGCACUUAG